AUGGCAUCUUCCAAAGGAUCCGUUGACGCAACUCCCAAGCCGUUUCGUGGGCCAUGGGAGGGCGAGAGUAAGAUUAUCAUCGGAAUUGAUGUAGGGACAACGCAGAGUGGCGUAGCAUUCACCUUCUUGCAGAACGGGGGGAACCAGGCAAUUCAUCGUGUGACAAAAUGGCCCGGACAAGUGGUAUCACAAAGUAAAAUUCCAACACUUGUCUGGUAUGAUGCAGGCAAGGCCGUAUCAUUUGGCGCCGAAGCACUACUUACCGAUAUCGAGGAAGAAGCUGAAGACAACGGCUGGUUUCUUGCGAAACAUUUCAAGCUUCAUCUCCACCCGGAUGACAUGAAAGCAAAGCAUGAUUUAAAAUUAGAUGAUCUGCCACCGGGCGUACCUAUUAGACAAGUUUACACAGAUUUCUUGGGGUAUUUGCUUAAACAUACAAGAGAGUAUUUCGAGGAUCGAAUCCUUGACGGAAAAUUGAUUUGGGAGCGUUAUAGUCCUGAUAUGGAGGUUGUGCUAGCACACCCUAACGGCUGGGGGAUUCGCGAGCAAACAUUCCUGCGUAAAGUUGCCACGGAUGCCGGACUUUCCGUCCCAGAAAAGGCACAAAGGAACAUUCGGUUUUUAAGUGAAGCUGAAGCAUCUGUUCACUUCUGCAUUCAUCAUACGAACCUUGGGAACCGGCUUCAGCCUGGAACUCACUUUGCGGUCUGUGACGCUGGAGGAUCCACGGUCGAUACAACGCUAUAUUCUGUCGUGUCACUACAUCCCUUACUAAAACUGGAAGAGAAGCGCGCUUCAGCUUGUGUGCAAGCUGGAGCGAUCUUCGUCGAUCUAGAAGCAGAGGGAUAUCUACGGAAGUCACUAUCAAGUGUUGGUUUGAAUGCAGACGAGAUCAAAGACUAUACGAAAGCAGGGAUGAAAGACUUUGAAGGUGGUGCAAAGCGAGGGUUUCAGGAUGAAAUAGUGGACCAGCACAUCACGGUAGGAAAUUCGAGAUUCAAUAACACUGCUAUUCGAGCACGUCGUGGACGUCUAACACUAGCUGGGCAAAUCUACCGUGAAGUCUUUUUCCGUGCCUUGGGAGGGUUUGGAGACAGUCCCUACCUCCGGGAACAAUUCAAGAAACGGUAUGAACCACAAGGCUCUCAAAUUACGCGGACCAAUGAUUCCACUUCUAAAGCAGUAGCUGAUGGUGCCGUAAUUUGGAAUAUCGCCAAUAGUGUUUCCUCCCGUGCACCACGAUACUCAUUUGGUGUGAUUUGCGCUAGAGUGCCUCAUGCCGCGCUGGAAGGUUCCGAAAGGAGGCGGGCGUUCAUGGGACCUCAUGGCUUCCCUCUUGUUCCCGGUGUAUGGUCCCAAAUAGUACACAAAGGUGUGGCACUUGACGCAGAGGCCGUAUGUCGGGAAACGUAUACCAGCGUACAUGAUAAGUCAAGACCUGACUUAAGCAACUUAUCUAUGGAUGUCUACUGUUAUUCGGCGGACGAUGAGCCGGUCUGGGCUUGGGAUGAAAAUGAUGAUAUUUUACCGAAUUUUCGAAAAUCAUGCACGAUUAGCGCUGACUUGAGAGGUCUAGAAGGUGCACUUGAACGUAGAAGAGGAAGGCGUGGAAACUUCUGGAGUUUGAAGAUUGAUGUGUGCAUGCGAUUUGGUGGUACCGAGCUCGAGGCUUAUAUCGAGUGGAAGGAUAAAGGUGUCACACGCACGGGGCCAGUGUUCGUAGUCCCUGGAGACCCAAUUGAAAUCUGA